UUGUGUAUCUGGCAUGGCAACGCCGAGCUCGCGGGACUCGGGGAGAGGUGACUGGCGUGGCAUCCCGGAGCCCGCGCUCCGGUGCGUCGAGGUUGACAUGUUGGCACGUAGACUUUGCUGAAGACAAUGACUAGAUCAAGUCGAGUUCAGGAUCUUCAAGGUGGGUGUGGCGUCUUAGGCCUGGGCGUGAAUGUGUACAAAUGGCGCCGACGUUGGUCAAGUCGCUGGGAAGAAGGCUCUCAAGUUGCGCUGCUACCGGCAACCCAUACGAGGAGUGGCAUUCGCGGAUCGAGGAGUCGUCGAAGUUUCGGCACAGCGCCUGUGCCGAUUUGAGGUUCGUGCUGCAGGGUGGAGGGAUUCUGUGCGACGGUCCGGUGGUCCGGUUCGUGAAAGAGCGGCGCAAGCAGCCAAAACGUGGACUAACAGGGCCUGUGCAGAGUCGGACUGGUCGAGGGGCGCGAGAGGAGCUGUGGAAAGGUGCGAAAUGCCGGGUCCCGGCAAGAUCAUGGAAGGGUAAAGCGAAAAAGCGCACCCAGCAGGCGAAUCUGCAUUGCUUUCUCGAUGAUGCAGCUUUUUUUGCGGGCCUGAUUCAUCAUCUCACGACUCGACUGCCAAGGCCUAGUCUAAGCUGCCUCGGGGUCCUCCUGCUUGCCUGCCCAAGUAGCCGUCUUAGUCAUACAAGGGAUCCACACUCACAGGCGCGCCCGCAUGGUUACCAUGAGCACGCCCAAUACUGUCCAGUCCUGCCGACUUUGUAACUGCCUCACAUCCCUCGUCAGUGCUUGCAGAGUGUGCACAUGAAUAGUCAUUACAUUAUCGGUCUACGUGCCGGCGCAUCCCAACUCUAUGAUGCCUCGC